CGACGGCGCGCCGUUGGUGUCAUGCGGAAGAUGGCGGCGUCCAGGGGAGGCUGAGGGCUUUGAGGAAGCGGCGAGAGGUUUCCGUACAGCCCGAACGUGCGGUUUUGGGGGUCCCUUCGCUCUGUGUUUCCUGCUCCAGGUUUCGCGUCGCGCAUCUUCCCAGACCCUCGGGCGCGAUGUGGAGGAGCUGUCUCCGGCUGCGGGACGGGGGACGCCGUCUCCUGAAUCGGCCUGCGGGUGGUCCCUGCGCUUCUAUGAGUCCGGGGCCAACCAUCCCGUCUCCAGCCCGGGCUUACGCCCCGCCGACAGGUAAGACUAUGACACAUUCUCUUUUGGGUAGGGGCCGAGCUGGGAAAUUGACAUCUCCACCUUUGACUGUGGAGUCACCUCCACCUCCAACUCUGAUGAAGCUCGGAAGUAGUGGCUCUUUCAUUGCUGAUGACGGGCCGGUCACGGGCUUCAAGUCUGGGAGUGUUCGGGGUCCGCCAGGAGCCGGUCACGACGGGCUCCGGGUCCGAAGGGGCAGAUAUAUUUCUGUAAGGGACUCAGAGUUGGCUUUGUCUGCACCAAUUCAAGUGGCUAAAUAUAGGAAUGGUCACUUGAUUCCACUUAACAAAUCCCUGAGAGUUUUUCAUUUGAUCUUUCAAGGUGGCUUUGAGAUAAACCUGGACCAGAGGAAGCUGAAAACUCCCCAAGCCAAGCUCUUUACCGUCCCCAGUGAGGCCCUGGCCAUUGCGGUGGCCACUGAAUGGGAUUCCCAGCAGGAUACCAUCAAGUACUACACCAUGCACCUGACCACAUUGUGCAACACAUCCUUGGACAACCCAACCCAGAGAAACAAGGAUCAGCUGAUCCGGGCAGCCGUGAAGUUUCUGGACACUGACACCAUCUGCUACAGGGUGGAGGAGCCUGAGACAUUAGUGGAACUUCAAAGGAAUGAGUGGGAUCCAAUCAUCGAAUGGGCUGAGAAAAGAUACGGCGUGGAGAUCAACUCCUCCACCAGCAUAAUGGGACCCAGCAUCCCCGCCAAGACUCGGGAGGUGCUCGUCAGCCACCUGGCAUCUUACAACACGUGGGCUUUACAAGGGAUUGAGUUUGUAGCUGCCCAGCUCAAGUCCCUGGUGCUGACCUUGGGCCUGAUUGACCUGCACCUGACAGUGGAGCAGGCUGUGCUGCUGUCACGCCUGGAGGAGGAGUACCAGAUCCAGAAGUGGGGCAACAUUGAGUGGGCCCAUGACUACGAGCUGCAGGAGCUGCGGGCCCGCACCGCUGCCGGCACCCUCUUCAUCCAUCUCUGCUCCGAGAGCACCACAGUCAAGCACAAGCUCCUGAACGAGUGAGGCCUGGGCAGCGCACACUCAGCAGGAUAGAGGCAGCGCAGCCACAGCUCCCCCAACCUUCAGGGCUCCUCAGCCUGUGGGGCUGACUUCCUUGACUUUUGGGGCCUCGGCCUCAGCAUCACCCUGAGAUUUCCCCGAAACACAGUGCGCUAGUGCGACUGUCCGGAGGUCAGCCUGAUUUCAAACCAGGUGCCCCUGGCCUGGUCAGCAAUGAAUGUGGGAGAUGAAUUGUACAACUAACUUUCUCUCAACCCUGAUUUUAUUAAAUAUUUCUCCACCCUGGAAAUGUGCUGAGCCCUGUUUUCACGUGCACCUCUGCACCUCUCCAUUCUUCCUGUUUUGUCUAGGUUCCAGAGGGUUAAACAGCUUAUCUCCCAUGGCAUGUUUGGAUAUCUGCUGCCUGUGGUUGGGAACCUUGUGCUGGGGAAACAGUCAUGUCAUCCACAGACAACUCUAUUUGUGUUCUUCAGCCUCAACUGGAAGGCUUUUUUUGGCUGGCUUUUAAUCAAUCUUUUGAAA